CAAGCCACCGUCGGGCGGGCAUUCCUUUAAACUUGGCGUCAAUCUGGCAGGCACGAAGCAGAAAUGUCGGAGAAGUCGGAGGAACUGAUGGACUUUGAAGAAGAGGAGGUGGAGAACGCGUCCCAGUCUUCACAGGGGGAGGACGCAUCCCAGUCUUCCCCGGACCAUCGUGAAGUCUAUGGACAAGGUCUUCUUCGCGACAUCGAGGCGGCCCGCCCCAAGGCUCUGGCUGCAGCUUACCGCUCGGGCAGCAUCACCCUCCGGGACAUUGUGGACGCGGCCCGCCUUUCCUCCCCCCACCCCCUUGCCGUCCCCACUGUUGACUUUGACCUAGACGAGGAGGAGUUCGUGGAGAUGUCAAACGAUGAAGCCGACGCGUGGACACAACUUCAGACCAUCUUCAACCAGCGGCUGCAGGCUGAGCUCGACCAGGCGGCGGAGGACGCGGAGCAACGGGCCCGAGAUGAGGAGGCCGCUCGGAGGGCUCGGGAGCUAACAGCUCAGCGGGAGAGGGAGGAAGAAGCUGCGCGGGCCGUGCAACGGGAGCGGGAGCGCGAGGAAGCGGAGAGGCGCGCGAUAGAACAGCGGCGAGCGGCCAGGAGGCAACUAUACAACGACACGGUGAAGGCUCGCCACGAGUUCGAAGAAAGGAGGAAUCGUCUUCGCCCCGUCGAGACAUCGGCCGCUCCGUCCCUCUCUGCCCCCCCCCCCCCCCCCCCCCCCCCCCCCCCCCCCCCCCCCC